AGUAGCUAAAGUCUGUAAGAAAUGACAGUUAUUAAGGAUUUUAAAUCGGCGUCAUUAUGGAUGAAGCUGGCUUUGUGCUUUCUUGCCGUUGCCUCAGUUUUUGCCUGUAUCUCCUUUACAACAACAGGAUGGGGAAGCUCUACCGACAUUGCAACUUCCUCUGCGCAAUAUUAUGGAUUAUGGCGGAUAUGUAGCAAUACUAAUCAAAUUACAGCAUGUCAACAGCUUGAUGGAACAGCAACAGACUGGUAUGCAGCCACUCAAGCAAUGGUUACAUUCGGAUUUUCUGGUAUACUGAUAUCAUUUUUCCUGUUGAUUCUUUUCUUGUUUAUAAAUAGUUGCAAAACUAAUGGACAAAUAGGAUUAGCAGCCGGUAUCGUCAGUAUUGUUACUGGUAUUUUAUAUCUCAUAGGAUGCAUAGUAUUUGGUACACAGUGGGACAAAUAUUACAAAGAUUCACCAGCUACUGACUAUGCGUUGGAAUACGGGUUUGCUUUAUCGAUUGUCGCCCUUGUUUUGGAAAUAACAGCUGGCGUGUUUCUGAUAAUAGAAACAAAAAGAGCGGUUACAAAAUCUUAACACUUUUAUACAAGUUUUGCUUUUAUUUAGUUCAGUGAACAUUUCUUUGCAUUCACAGUAAACUUUAUUCCUAAAUGUUAAAUCAAGUACUUAACAAAUGCCAUUUCUUGCAUUAAUACGAAUUUGAGGAAACAGGAGGAAAAGGAAGAGCUGAAUAUAAACACGUCACAUACCUCAUUUCUACAGAUAAUACUAAACAUCGGAAAAUAUAAAUAUUAUGAUAAUUAAAACCAAUAUAACAAAUGCAAUGUUCAUAUUAAAGAAUUGGAUGCUUCUUUUUAUAUAUAUUUUUUUGGUAUCAAAAAGCGUUGACGGAAGCAUCAUUUGUAUGAUUCCGCGCUUUAUGCUAAAAUGCACUCACGAUCAACGCGUUUACAACCCUAUUAAUUACAAAAAAGAAGCCUCCAAUUCUUAUAAGUACAAUUUUAUACAAUAUAACCGUGAAAUUAC